GCGGGCGCGAGUGUGUAUCGGCAGUGCGCGCUAAAGAUAGAGAAGGUGCAGUGUGCUACCGUGUCGGCCGUGUUGUGCUGCAUCACAUCCUGCCCGGUGCGAGGCGAAUCAGAAAUCGUACGCACGCGAUUUCCAGAUGGGGACAAGAGACAAGAUGCUGACUGGGAAGACGGGAUUCAUCUGCGGGCAAGAAGUUCCAAUCCCGUUACUUCCGGGGAUGACGCUGCGCGACCCCAGGGAUAUCCCGAGGCCGAAGCCGCAGAUCUUGAAGUAUAUGCAAGGAACGCGCAUGGUGGAGGACCUAUCUGAGAAGCGGGCGCCGCAUAUUACCAAGGCUCACUUGAAGCUGCUGAACUUGCAAAGAAUGGGACUGAAGGCGCCGCCGGAGUCUUCCACCGCCGUAACUGUUGUAGACAAGAAAUAUGGCACUGGGAACCCUGUUACGAUCGAAGUUGUUCCUGGAUGGGUGAAGAACGACCGAUUGGUUGCCGGUGAGAAAUUUGUGGUUGGGGGCAACAUUAUGAGCGGGAUUUCUCUGAUGGGCGAUGUUGAGCAUUCCAUCCAGCUCGUGCCUGACUAUCGUGUCCACCAUCCGACACCCUACCGAUUCUCGAUUCUAGAGGUGAUGAAACUCGAGCGUCAGCUUGAGGAGCUCCUUUGGCAGGGUUUCAUUAAACCCGGUAACUCCCAUCGGGGUGCAUCUGUCCCCUUUGCUCGCGAAGCGGACAAAACUUUUCGCCUCUGCAUUGACUACCGCAGCCUUAACCGCUACACGGUUAAGAACAACUAUCCCAUGCCUCGCGCGGAUGAGUUGUUUGACCGUCUGGCAGGCAAGUGCUUCUUCACAAAGAUUGAUCUUCGUAGUGGUAAUCAUCAGAUCCACGUUGCUGCAGAGGAUCAACCGAAAAUCGCCUUUCGGUCGCGCUUCAGCCACUACGAGUUCAUGGUGAUGCCAUUCGACCUCACCAAUGUACCCGCUACCUUCCAGACGGCAAUGAACGAUAUCUUCAGGGACAUCCUUAAAGAAUACGUUCUCGUAUACCGAGAUGACAUCUUGGUUUACAGUCGUACCUUAGAAGACCAUCUCAGACACCUUCGGGAUGUCCUUCAGCGCUUACGCAAGCAUGAUUUUUAUGCCAAGCUUAGUAAGUGUCGCUUUGCCCAACAAAGUGGACUUUCUAGGACACCAUGUGUUUGACCAAGGUCUCCACAUAAACAACACGAAGAUCACUGCUAUUGCGGAGUGGCCCGUCCCCACAUCCGUCAAGCAGCUUCGCAAUU